AUGGAAGUCAAAACAUUUGUCUUUCUUCAAGUCGCAGUGUUUAUUGCCCUCGGCAUCCAAAUAUUUAUGGCAGGAACAGAUGCAUUGAGUGAGGAAGACGAACUCUUUAGUGUCGAAUAUUGCGGCAUGAAUUGCACAAAGCAAGAUGAUGGAAGUUGGACAACAUGCACGGGAAAGUGCAGUUGCUAUCAUGAAGACGGUAAAACAGAUGGUCUCUGUCUAUCAACCGAAUACACCGACUUCACUCAAUUUUCAAAUCUAACAGACGCGGAGAUUGAUGAUGCCACCCCUCGGCCAAGGAGACAAAAGAGACGCGCCGAAACAAGGCUGUAAUCAAGAGUUCUGCAGAAACUUCUAU